AUGAAGUUGACUAACUUUCCCGUCCUUAUUCCUGCUUUUACUGCACAGAUCGCUAUCAAGGACCCGCUUAUCAUAAGCUCCAGUCUACUCAAUAUUCCCUUCGUCCAUAACGAUGGCACACUCAUCUCUGAACCCGGCUAUGAACCUUCUAUCGAUGCCAAGUUCAUACACGGGAGCGACUUUUUACGGCGUGAUCCUGACGGACAAUGGGUAAAGCUUGAAGUUACGAGUGUUGCGCGGGACACCUCUGGCGCUAUCAUGCGAUUCAGCUAUAACGGCGUCGUGGACAUGGCUGGGGACGAGGGGAAAGUGAUUCGAGGUGAUGCAAAUGCAACCACGACCGGGUUCGGAAACGCCUUUGUGCAGAUCAGGUUCGAGACAGAUGCACCUGGUAUAAAGGCCUUGCAGGAUAAGCUUUAUGUAGGGUCAGGCAGGUUCGUCAUCGAGGAAGACCGGCCGGUUAUUGUGGAAUACAAAAUCAGCGAGGUGAGUGCGAAGUGCGACAAGCAACCCAAGACUGGCUGA